UCCUGGUACUGGAAGAAAAACAAACAAAACAAAACAAAACAAAAAAGAGAACAGUCUUGAGCUUUCAGUUGGGUGUGAGAGACUGCCAAGCUGCGUUCCCCUGAGAAGUGAAACCCCUUGCCUCCAUCUUUAUCUGACCUUUACUUCAACCCUAUUGACUGAGAUAUGCAGGGCUGGCUACAUAGAAAUGGAUGUUCCCUUAAUUGGCCAGAAGAAUGUGAUUGAGUCUGGCCAGCCAGGACACAGAUGAGUGUCAUCAUAGCAAAGCAGCAACGUACCUCCCCUAUCCCCCUACUGGCAGCUGGAAUGAAGGCUCCAGCAAGAGCCUGUGGGAUGCCAGGGCUACAACAUGAGAUAGCAACUCAGCUGAGGCUAUGGGAUACCAAAAAAAAGCUUCCUGGCAGUAAAAGUGCAGGCUUGCAUACAUCAAGCUAUCCAUUGUACUGCUAAUUGGAGGGCUUCUGUACCUGCUGUAAGAGUGCUGUGUUUCUCCUUUCAGCCAUGCCUGCAAAGUUUCUCUUCCCCAGCACUCUGCCGCUAUCCCCAUCCACCUCCCUGAUUGAUACCAAUAAAAGCUGCGAGUGCUCAGACUCCUGGCCCUUUGUUCCACCAAGAGCACUAGGUCAUCCCAGAGCCCCCGGGAACUGCAGGUUUUUUUUCUCUUAGACUUCUUUUUCAUCCAUGUGCCAUAUUGCUAGGUGGGAGACCUGAACCCUCGGUGACGGUUUUGGUAGUUGGGGUAAGUUACCUAGAAGAGGAGAAAUCAUAGUAUUUAUGUAUUAUGCUCAAUAAAUCUACACUGGGAGAUUAGUCUCAAGUAGUCAUUUUUUUUUUUUUUUAAUUUGAAGAAGGUAAUCUUAAAGAUAUCACAGACAAGGAGCAAUCCUUUCUACCUGCAGCAUUAAAGAGCUAAAGCACAGAGGGGGCUGAGAACAAUUGAGUGGCAUGAGCAGUAGUGAGGGGAGACACUUGCCCAGGUGUGUCUGCGUUGAGCUUAGGCAGAGCAGGAAACUCAGAACUGCAGACCUUCUUGAUGCCAAAGAAGUGAGGCCAAGUUGAAAAACCAUCUGUUUGCCUUACUGGAAAGCAAUCUGUUAUUAGGCCCCUGCACAUCCACAAAAGGAAGACUUGCCUGUUGGGGAGUCUUUGUCUAAGGAAGUCAGCAUUUGGUAUACACUAUACUGGACUUGCAGUUUUGAACCUUAGGUUGCAGAUGGUGCAUUUACUAUCUUCUAAAUCAAUAGUUCCCAAAUUGGCCAGGUGUAGUGAGUACACCUGUACUCCCAGUACUUGGGAGGCUAAGGCAGGAAGAUCACAGUGAGUUCUAGGCCAGGUUGGACUAUAUAUUAGUGUCCAGGUCAGCUUGGACUGUAUAGCAAGACCUUGUCUCGAAAAACUAAAAAAAAAAAAAAAACAAAAAAACAAAACCAGAGGAAGAGUUCCCAAAUUGUAGUCAUCUGCCCAGCAACUUUGGCAGCAGCAUUUGAACUUGUUAGAAAUGCAAAACGUAUGGGUCCCUGUCCAGACCUACUGAAUGAGAAACCUUGGGAGUGGGGCUCAGUGAUCAAACCCUUAGGUGAUUUUGAUGCCUGAGGAAGUUAGACUCACUGUUUUUAGGCAUGAGAGAAAGCUAUGCUACAGAUUCCUCAGAAUUAUGAAAAGGUGUCUGACCUGGUCGACUGUCUUUCUGCAUGGAGAGGGAAUUGAAUCAGAGCUUUGAAAAAGAGAGAGGCAGUGCGGUGAACCAACCAUUGCACUGGUCAGGAGAUGAGUUCUAGCCUCUGACUCAGUUUCCUACUGUGCCAAAUGGGGAUAAUCAUACCUCUAUUCAUAUCUCGCAGAGUUUGUGCAAUGCCUUGAAAAUGCAAGGGCUAAUACUGUCUUUGGCACUGAAGUAGGAAAUGAAUUGGGAUCCCGGACACAGCGCUCGGAUGCAAAGUAGGAACAAGAAGCGGCUUUUAUUGCUGGCGGGUCUGCAAGAGAUUCACGGCACCCUGAGAACCCCAAACAGGGCUUUGUUUUCACUUUUAUACCAUUUGUACUGUAUGCGGCAGCCUCGCAUUGGUGCCGGCGAGGUUACAGAAGCAGAAACAGCAGUGGUUAAGGGGAGUAGGAGACUGACUGGACUUUCUAGUGCCGAUUUUAUGCUCCACUGCAAAAUGGUCACGGGUUGCUAUUCAAUUGAAACCACAGACAUAGGUUGCUAGCUACCGGAGGCCACAACAGAAGGAGAGAGAUAGUUUCUUUGGUUUCUUCCCUCAGCACCAUGCUACCCUCAGGUGGUGCUGUUCAGUUUGUUUCCGUCCAACCUUGGCAAGUGUGUGAACCAACCCCACUAGUCUUUGUGAAGCAUGUAUGUUAUAGUUCCUACGCAAGUCCUUGUGGAAAUGCAGUUCAGCUCAUCUGAGAAAAUUCCAAGAACUCAUUUUAGAACACAUUAAUAUGCUAUGGAAUCAUGUUCCUUGUUGAAUGUGGUGCUGGCUGUCAGUUUGUUGUCCCUGAGCUCCUUGUUCAUCUUUCAUCAUAUGCCAAGUGAUAAUGUGUAGCGUUUCUUUCACUGUCGUUCUUUAAAGUUAGCACAUCAUGAGCCUUUGUCAGUUGCAAGCUCAGAAGGGGCACAGCAGGAAAGAGGGGCUGGGCUUGCUUGCAGUGCUCAGAUCAUGCAAGGUGGAGCAGCAGAGGGAGCGUUCGGGCAUCCUGGGUGGUGCUGCCCCAGCCCUGUGCCAGAGCUCUUGCGUGCUUGGUGACCUUGAUGCUUCCUCCUGGCAAUAACCUUUCCAUGGUCCUUAGGAGAUGAAAACCAUUUCUUUCAGGAGUUUAGACUUGGUCUUUGUGCAAGUCAUCCUCAUUAGUGGUUACCUGUCCCAGUCUGAGCGCAUCUGCUCCUCUCAUGCACUGCACCUCUUAGGCUUAGGAUAACUCUUUAAUUGAGAAGGAUGUUUCUCCUAAUUACUAAUGUAAACUGGGACUAUUGCAGUGAAACUUUCUGCUGAUUGACGUUUUACAGUUUGUGUUGUGCCAUUGCUCAGUCCUGACUUUUCUUCCUGCUUGGCCCCUGAACCCUAUUCUCAGACCAUGUUUGCAUUCCCAUCUCCCACUUCACAGAUUCUCUUCUCCUUUCUGUCUUCCUUUGUGUUCUGUGUUAUUAUUAUCUCUUGCUGUCAGCUUGGUACCUGAGAUACACUGAUGGUGAAAGCUUUAACCCUCUCAACUUCUUUUAGUUAACUUUGGUAAGGUCUUGAUGAAACUUGUAUUCUUUUACUAGACAAUCCCUGCAUGUGUUCUUACAUAUUUUUGUCUCCUUGCCUUUCUCUCUAACGAUAAGCAUCUUUCUUAUUGCCUUGUGAAAAUCAGUAUUGUCUGGUAGCAGCUCUUUCACGUUUCCUCUCUCUUGGUUCCAAGGGUGAUUUUCUACUCCUCCCCAUCUUCAGAAGAGAUGCUGUUGUGAUCCCUGCUGAGCCUGACCUUUCCAUUUAUGCUUUCUUGCCUUAGCUUUGAGACUCAUUCUCUGUGUCUCACCUCCUACAGUCUCCUUACCUUUUGCAUUUUAAUGUUCCCAGACAACUGAUAAAAUUAAGGAGAGUGAAAGGCUUUGUUAGACCCUGUUUUCUUUUUAAGAUAUAAUUCUAUUUUCCCGUCACUGACAAAUCUCUCCCACAUGGCUGGUGGAAGGGGCUGUGGCUUCUUCACCUGCACUCUGCUGCUGACUGAUUUCUGCUGCCCCGACUCCUGGAACUGAUUGUCUUACUGGUUUUCAGGCCCUGCUCAUCUCUCCCUCAGACUGUGCGGGACCUUUCCCUCUUGACUCCAUCUUACAUGACAUUGCUAUAUUCAUCUUUCUCAUCAUCCCUGUCAUUUUUGUUCAUAAAUUUUUCUGUGGCAUUUACAGUGGUUGUGCCCUGAUGACAGUCUGUUUUCCACUUGCAAUCUCAUAGAUGCUCUGCUUCUUCCUCUUUUCUUCUGCUGUAACUCAGAAAUCAAUACCUGGCAGUAUGAAGGUGUGGUAGGAUGAUUACUUGAAGGCAUUUGAGGUUUUCUUGCCAGACAUUAACCAGUGGACACGAAUCCCUUCCCUAGGUAUCUCAUCAACAGGGGAGACUGGCUUAUACCACAGCAGAAGAGACGAAUGGUCCACAUCCAGCCUGGUGAGGCUGGCAUGGCCUAUCGCCUGCUGUCAAGGCUGCUACCUGGCAGACUUUAUCUGUGCUGCACAACGACCUUUGUUCCCUGGGCACUCCUCCCUCACCUGCUGUCCUCUGUCAGCACUCCCUUCAGAAGCUGACACCCCUGUUUCUUUGUGUAGCUGAGAAUACUACAUAAACCUUAAUUGUUUUGCUCUUGGUUGAGUCUUAGGUUUUGUGAGAGUCUCAUGUGUAUUCAUGUAGUAAAUUAGUCUUUUCCCUGAUCAGUUUGUCAGCUUAUUUCAUAGACCCAAAUACAGGAACUUUGAGGGUAGCAAGGAGGCACAUUCGUGGCUCUGCCCUCCCCCCAGGUUGACAUCUCUCCUUCUUCCAUGUUUCACCCUUUUGGUUGGCUGACUUGAGCACUGGACAGCAUUCGGCCAAGUCUCUGCACCUUGAACAGUCCUAAUGCCAUGGGACACGAGCUGCCUCACACAGAGUAGAGAGCGGUCAAAUCCAUAGAGCUAAAACGACAGGCCCUGCAGGCCUUGGGGAUAACAGAGUUCUCUUAUGUCUCAGAGUGAAACCAAAGGUCACACUUUCUCUUCAUCACCAUGGUCUCGGUCUCCCAGAGUCUCCAGUCCUGUGAUCAGGUGUGAGUUGUUUAUCUAAGUAGUGGAUAGUGUUUUCUUUCCGAUUUAGUCCUUUUGGCUAAUUGUCUUGCUCUUUGCUCUCUCUCUCUCUUUUACCCUUUUAACCUCCCCCCUCCAACAUCCCCUUUCACUUACUCUCUGUCCCCACCCUCAUUCCACAUGCCCACCUGCUUUCUCUGCUUCACUUUCUCUGUUUCACCCCUUCCACACUCACCAGCAUUCCCCCAGGCUAAGGCCACUGCACCGUCCAAGGUGAGAAGCCCAGUGCAGUUUCAGAUGUGCCCCCUAGAUAUUUCCAGGGAAGCUUGGUGCGACUCAGUAUAAAAGCUUUAAAGAACAGCCAUUUUUGUAAUUAUCAGGGGUACAAGCCGAGGAUACUCUACCAUAGUUCUUAUUUUUUAUUUUGAGACAGGGUCUCUCUAUGCUAUCCAGACUGGCCUGGAACUUGCCAUCCUCCUGCUGCAGCCUCUGGAGUACCUGGGAUUAUAGCCAUAUGUCACCAUUCCUGGCGAAGAACAUCCACUUUUGAAAGCCUUUCACACCCUCCAAUUCUGGAACCAUCUGCAACUAAAAACUGGUAGGCCAGAGUGGCAUUCUGGGUCCCCUCAGGAAUGUGUGGUAGAAUGACUUCUUCCAGUAUGUACUAGGUGUUAUUGGUGCCAGGUCCUACACUAAGUAAGAGGCUGCACGGGUAGAAAACCUCAGUUCUGAGUCCCCUGCGGAAGACGGCAAGACAGGGCGGCACAGCAUCGGGAGCACACAGGGUUCAUGUCCUCCCCACCUGCAGCCCGGGUGGGCCCUGGAGCACCAGCAGUGAGCAAGGCCAGUGAAAUGUGGUGAAGAAGUGCUCAGGGGUAAUUCUUGACCACAUGCUGUGAAUGUCACCUGCGGUGGGGCAGCUUCUGAGAGUGGGGGAGAAGGGGAAAAGAUAGUGGCUCCAUGUCUGGUGUCACCAGUGCCACUCAUUCAGGUCACUGACCACACUUACCCAAGGAGAAGUGUCACUGUCUGCAGCACCAGUGGGUUUUGCUUAUUUCUUUAGGGAAGAAAAAGGAGCUGGGGACUUUUGUACAGCAUGUGAACAGUCUGUGAUUUUAGAGUAUUCUGUCUCUGGGGUAAAAUGCGUUAGUGUGGCUGUUGGGAGAAAAAAUUAGUGUUCAAGCUCACCCAAGGACCCUAUAGUCCUUACCUAAACUCUUUCUGCAGUUCUGAUUAUUGCUCCAAAUUUACCAAAGUGUCCGGAGUCACUUGCUCUUUCAGGCAGGAAUCACACUGUAGCCCUCAGUCCCUGCUGGCCUCCUCCUUGAAUCUUGGUGCUGCUGGGGCUCUUGGAAGUGGCAGUGGUUGGAAUAUUCACUGAAUUUCACCCUGUGAAGGGCUUUUUCCCUGUCCUAGGUCUCCCUGUCCAGAGGACUGAGGCCACCCUCACCUGACUGGAUUCCAGGGCGACCCUCAGGACACAAGCACAGACAUCACCAACAUCUCCAACUCCAGUUUUUGACAAAUGCAUUACUGCAUGCUUCUCCAGUAGAGAAUUAUUCAGAAGCAUGUCACCACUGGAAGUUUGCCUUUUCUUCACCAGUUUAUCCUGUUCUGCCAGCCCCUCCUUGGAAGGCCUGGGAAAUUCUCUUAGUCUUUCUGUGUCUCAGGUUACCUCCUUGCUAAGGAGCCUGAGCGGAGUCUAGUUCCUGAGAAACCAGAACCUAAGGAGCAGAUGGAAGAAUGAAUGUCAGCAGAUUUGGAAGAUGAAGCUGAAUGACCUGUCUCAGGAUAAUGAUUUCUGACCUCUCAGAAUAAUACCAGCUGUUAGCUGGGCAUGAUGACACCUGUAAUCCUAGCACUCAGGAGGCUGAGGCAGGAGGAUUGCUUGGAGUUCAAGGCCAACCUGAAAUGCAGAGCGAGACCUUGUCUCAGAAAAAAAAAAGAAUACGUGAGCUGGUGAGGUCAAGUUGGAGUGAAAGCAGUACACACUGCCAAAGUCUGAAAAUGAAACUGAUGACAUCAGUAACUCCUUGCUAUUUUCUAGACAGCAGGAGAGAUGAAGAGUCUCUGGCUCUACCUCUUGCACCACGUACGUCAUCAUGGGAAUACCCAUCGACCCUUCUUGUCAUUCAAAGGCUGAAUUGAGUAUUUCAGAAACUGAACAGGAAUUGCGAUUACAGCUGGAGGAGAGUAAGGAGAAGUUUCAUGAACUCAAAGGACAUUUUCUUCUGUCUGAAGCUACUGUCUAUUCCAUGGCUAAUGAGCUAAAAAAACACAAUUGUCGAAAGUUCAAAGACAUUAUUGAGUCUGUUCUGGGCGAGAAGCUGCAGUACAAGGAAGAAAGUCUGGCUGAGAAGCUGAGCCUGGCCAAAAAUCAGAGGGAAUGCACUUUGCAAACUCAAGAUCAAGAUGGGAAGCUGUCCUUACUUCAGCAGAAAUUACAGCAGGGGAGACAUGCCUCAUUUCUCCUAUGUCAACAUCUCAAGGACAUCCUCACCCGGAAUGACCCUAAUACCAACCAGGGUCACUGCUUCCGUGAGCUACUGGCUGAAGGCGUCAGGCUGGCAGAGAACCUUGUGCAAUUGCUCAGUUCAGAUAAUCAUCAAGAUGAGGAGUGUAAAAAGGAACAUGAAUUACUGUCCCCCAGGAUGAACCCUGAGGGCGCAAACAAGGAAAAAAUUGAACAAAUACUGCAGGACUCACUGCUUGGAGACUUUACGCCUUCCUCCCAUGGCUGCAGCUUGUGUAACACCGAGGAGCCUCCUCGGACCACUGGCAAUCUGACAGAUGAACGUGAACUCUCCUUUUUCCUAGAAAAAAACUAUCCUCAGGAUGCUGAGAACCAAGACAAAGAGGCAGAGCCAGUGGAGCCCAGGUUUCUCCAAGAAAAGGAGGAUAAAAAUAAUGUACUGCAGGAGAAAAUGAAUGAGAACUUGUUGGCUAUUUCCCAUUGCCAGGACUUGUGUGUUUCCCACCAGCCUGGCAAGAGUCCAGCACCCGAGACUGAGGAGCAUGUAGCUCCCUCCAAUCUGAAUGUGACAAAAAACCAGGACAAUGAAGACAAUGAAAAAGAACAGGAAUUUCUGGCCCUCAGGCUGAGCACAGAGGGAAUGGAAAAGGAAAAAAUAACCGAACUCCUUCAAGAUUCAUUAGGUGAAGGCCCUAAGACACGCACCCGUCACUACAACUUACCUGACAACCAGGAGCCUUGCUGCACUGCAGCUGUGCUGGCAGAUGCACAUGAAGUCUCAUCAUCUCUGGAUGCAGCGCAAAAUACCCAUGAUUAUAAGGAUGAAGACCCACAACCAAAGGCCUCCAGGAAAUAUUUUGGCAUAAUUCAGGCUCAUGCCAAGAAGCUGUCCCAGCUACGAAAGCAGCUAAGUGAAGCGAAAGAUACCUCUUUGUCCCUUGGACAGCAUCUGGAAUUUCUACUCACCCAAGAUGACGCUGAAGGCUACCAGGUUCAGGGCCACAUACAACAACUGGCCCAGGGGUGCAAGAUGGCUGAGAAUCUUGUCCUGAAGCUCAGUGAAGGAAAUAAUGAACAGGGAAAUAAUGGAAAAGAAGAAAAAGAACUUCUUUCUAAAAUGGAUGAUGAGGAUGGGGAUUUCAAUUUUCUAAUUGAAGUUCAGGCUCAAGACCUGACUAAAUUUAGGCUGAAGUUGGAGGCAGGGAGAGAGACAGCCUUUAUGCUCCAUCAGACUCUCAGCAGUCUCUUCCCUGAAGAUGACCAACACGGACACCAGAUGCAGAGUCACAGAGACAGACUUGCUGAGGGGUGCAAGCUGGCCAAGUGCCUUGCAUGCAGACUUAGCUCAGAUAAUCUAGACGAGGAGAAUGAGGAUGAUCAAAUGAUCCUGGAUUCCAGUCUGUGCGAAGAGGAAGAAGGUGAACUUCUGCCACAUCCACUAGAUGAAAAGUACUUGCUCCCUACCUGUCAUCCUGAUGUGGCUGAGCCACAGGAAUGUGCAGGCGGCGAUGCCUCCCCAUCACAGAAGCCUGAACAGUACUCUGCUCUGGGUGGAUCCGCUACUAUGAAGGAGGCCUGUGCCCAAGGUCUGUCGAAUGGAGAAUUCAGCUCCCACUUCUCAGAGCUGCAAGCUUCCCAGGCACAGGUGGAAUCACGCAUCCAGGGGAACCCUCGUCUGGGAAUACAGCUGUGUCAGUACUUCGACUAUCCUGACUGCAAAGCCAGGCUGAGCCUUUCUUCUGCCACUUGGGGCUUUGCAGCAUCCACUCACUGUGGUAGCCAGUGCCAGCCCUUCCAAGAGCUGAAUUUGGAUGCUUCUUUUGGAAUCAAGGGUUCUCCCAAGCUGGAGGGUUAUGCCUUUGAAGGAUCAGCAGCUGUCAUUCGUGGGUUUCCGAUCCAUGGCCUCUGUGAUACUGACAGUGUCCUGAAGCAGAAGAUUAUGAAAACUAAACUCUGGCUGUGCAAGUGGAAAAGAGCUUGCAGAGUCCCAGGCCUUCAGCUGAAGAUGGGUAUUUCCCGUGGAAUGAAUAAUUAUUACAAGCUGGAAAGUGAUGCCUGUGCAGGCUCAGCUGCCAUCAUUCACAGGUUUCCAAUCCAUGACCUUUAUGAUGCUGACAGUGUCUCGAAAGAGAAGAUCACCAAGAAAGAACUACCAUUAUGCAAGUGGAAAAUAGCUUGCAGAUUUCCAGGACUUCAUGCUUAAGAGUGAAGAUACUGAGAAUGGCUGAAAGGAAGAAAAGACAUUGCUGAAGAAGAGAACUGAAACAUGAAGCCUAGUUUUUCCACUUCAUCAAAAAAAAUAGAAAACAGAAACUCAAUUUAAAGUCUGAAGAGAACACUGGAGUGAUUCCUUGUGAUCACUGAAUUUCAAAGCCCCUAAUUUCUCUUGAUGGUUUUCACUCCAACAGCCCAGUUGUAUUGGAUAAAUUCCAAUUCCUUGCCUCUGA